AUGGUACACAAACAUGCCUUUGAAGCUUUAGAUAGGACGAUGACCGACGUAUUUUCGGAAGGUAGGAGUAUUCGUUCGGAUAUUCCUUUUGGAGGUAAAGUUAUUGUAUUUGGUGGUGACUUUAGACAAAUACUACCUGUUAUUCCCAAUGGUACUAGACAAGAAAUUGUUAGUGCAUCUUUAAGCUCUUCAUACAUAUGGUCAAAAUGCAGACUCUUACGGCUGACUAAAAACAUCUGUCUAACUAUUGGAGCUGAAAGUUCAAAUAUGGAGUCUAUCAGAGAAUUUGCAAAAUUGCUUAUUGAUAUUGGUGAAGGAAACGUUGGAGAUGAUAAUGAUGGUGACACCAUUAUAGAGACACCAGAUGAUUUACUAAUCACCGAUUUUUGUGACCCGAUACAAAGAUUCCUGGAAUUUUUUUCUGAGCGAGCAAUUCUAGCACCCAAAAAUGAGGUAGUUCAUGAAAUUAAUGAUCGAUUGCUUUCGUUAUUUCCUGGUGAUGCGAAAGAGUAUCUGAGUUCUGAUAGUAUAUGUCAAACUGAACAAAUUCUUGAUUCUUUUCAAGAAAGCUUAUACUCAAUAGAAAAUUUGAAUGCUCUUAAGGUUUCUAGCUUGCCUAAUCAUAGAUUAGUUCUUAAAGUUGGUGUUCCUGUGAUGCUUCUUCGAAACAUUGAUCAACAGAAAGGGUUAUGUAACGGUACAAGGCUUCAAAUUACUUUUCUUGGUAAACGAGUCAUAGAAGCUGAAGUUAUAUCUGGUGGUAACAUUGGCCCAAGAGUUUUUAUUCCAAGGAUUAAUAUGAUCCAGUCUGACAAAAAAAUACCUUUUCAAUUUCAACGAAGACAAUUUCCUUUAUCAGUUUGUUUUGCCAUGACAAUUAACAAGAGUCAAGGACAAUCGUUAUCAAAGGUUGGUCUUUAUUUGAAAGAUCCUGUUUUAACUCAUGGUCAGUUGUAUGUUGCAUUAUCAAGGGUCAAGACCAGAGAAGGCGUUAAAAUACUAAUAUUUGACGCUGAUGGAAAACCAACAAAUAAGACUUCUAAUGUUGUUUACAAAGAAGUUUUUCUAGCUUGUUUUAUGAUGUAUACUACAUUUGUCAAGUUUCUUGAUAACCCAGAAUCUUUGAAACUGGUAAUCGAAGACUGCUUCAUUAAACGGUUUUACGCGUCUAGGGUUGAUAACAACUUUGUAUUUCCUAGCGGAUGGUCGGAAAUGUGCAACGAUGUUGGGAUACUUGUCACACCCUGA